CGAAUCGAACGACAGUAAUCGACGCGUACACAAAGCGCGAUAAAAUAUCAAAACUAAUAAAAUUUGCCAAAAAAAUUUUGAAUUUAACUAUAGUGAACGAUCCUUGGAAACGGCUUCAAAAUGGGCUGCAUAUCGGGAAUACUUAAUAUCCUUAUUUACAUCAUAAAUGUUGUGUUUUUGGUUGUGGGCAUAUUGCUGAUUGUGUUGGGCUCCAUAAUGCUGUCCAACUUUAGCCGCCUAACCGAGCUGGAGCAGCUGAGCAGCGCCAAUACCAUACCCGUCUGUGUGACCGUACUGGGCGUCCUGAUAUUCCUGGUCUCCUUCUUCGGCUGCUGCGGUAUCUGGCGCCAGAGCGCCUGCCUCACAAGCACGUAUGCUACCCUGAUGUUUUUACUUUUCGUGCUGCAACUGGUGCUCACCUGCUGGAUCGCUGUAAAUGGGCAAGAAUUUUUGCAGGACAUGAGCAAGCUGGUGACCACAAUUUGGAAUGAUAACAACGCGACGAAUGGCUAUCCAAUGGGCGCAUUGGAGCUAACUUUCAACUGCUGCGGCAACCGGGGCUACGAGGACUAUAACGGCAAUGUGCCCGGCACCUGUUGCGGCUACUCGAACCGCCAGCAGAGCUGCCCGGCUAGCAUUUACGAGACCCGCCAGGGCUGCAAUCAGAAAUUCUACGAUUUCUGGAGCGACAACAACGACAUUGUCCUGUGGUCCGGACUGGGCAUAUGCAUAUACGAGCUGAUUGUCUUCAUCGUUGCCGGCAUGCUGGCCAAUUGCAUGCGUAAAGCGAAUGCGGGCAGACAAGUCUACGGUUAAGUUAAUUCAUAGUUAAGAAAUCUGUACGUCUUACUGAAAAUCAGAAAUAAAACCUUUCGCUGGAGUGUUUCUAUAAGUUAAAA